UGGAUUCAUAACCCUUCUAUAGGUUUUGAAUUAGGCCUUCCUCGUUGUUCUCCCACGCGGUCAGAUGUUCCUCAGGUAACGCAUUCCUCGUAAAAGUGCCCAAGUAUUCAUUUUUCUUGGCACGCGGCUCUUGUUUUUUGAGCCCAUCUUUCUUAUCUGUUCCACGCCGCAUUAGUCUGGAAUCGGGCACUUGGCAUAUUUUGCAUGACCUCAUAUUGUACGAGGGAAAUCCAACCGGUGGUUAGGAGUUAAGUGCGGCUGCUGUUCCACAUUAAUUAUUGUUCACGGUACACUGCAGAACAACGGUGCUGGAAUGCCUUCUUUGGUACCUUGCCAGUUUAUAGUGACUUUUCUUUACAACAUUCUCAUCAGCCUUUGUAUUUUCCUCUGUCUCGCACGCCCCAAUCUUUCAGGUAAAUCUAAGAAUUGGCACUGAGUUCUAUUCACAGAUUUUAUCGCGUGAAUGCUGACAGAUGGGAAUUCAUUCGCUGCGCUUCGACUGAAGAAAAUGUUUUAAGUGUGUGUCAUCGUGGCUCCCGCUUCCAACGGACGUCCAAGCUCAAACAUUACAAUAAAAAUGCUCGUCGGGCACACCUGACCUCUCCCUUUAUCACUGUCCAACUUUUUCACACUUCUGAUAGAUAUAUGGAUACGCUGAUUGGUCAAUAGAUGAUAGAUGGAUGGAUAUAUUAAUAGAUCAGUGCAUAGAAUACACAAUGGAGGUUGCUUUUUAACAAAUAUUUACUGGAAUUAUGACUUUUCCAGGUCACUGACAACCCACAAUGAAUUAGGUUGAGCGGCGGUGGCGUCUUGUGGCACAAGCAGGGACCCUCAAUAAUUGCCCUUAUUUGCUGUGUUUUGCUUACAAGUGUUUUUCCCCUGCAAAUAUUUACAGUAAUUACGACUUUGUUAGCGUAGGUUAUCAACUGGGACGGUGGCGAUAUGUCCCGACCUGCAAAUUACGGGUUGCGUCGCCGCCGUAGGAACGGAAUUCAGUUGUAAACCGAGGACUCCCAUUUUGGCAAAGGCAUGUGACGUUCCUGAGGUCGAGCUGCACUGUGUUUGUUUAUGGAAUGUGGAUUUGCACUGUAAAGGUCCCAUUGACAUUUAUUUUUGCCUCAAUUUCGUCAUUUUUUUCCACAAAAAAAUUGCGCUAAUGUAAAAUGAUUGAUUUACUAUUAUGAUGAAAUGUUUGCGUGUCAGUGUUUGUUCAACCUUGACUUCCCCUUGUGGAUGUGCGGUGCUGGCGUGGUUAAUGUAUUUAGACGGCGAGUUCGGGGCGGUGGCCGCGUUUGAAUGAGUGAUGGGCAGCCUUUUAAAGGUCUGGUAGGCGGUGCGUGUGCUCUAUUUACACCAGGCCCGCUCCGCCCUGCACGCCGCGCAUAGAAAACUGAUGGUGGGCCGCCGGAGGAAGCGAGACAAGUGCAAACGGGGAUGUAAGCAAGAUCGUCCGGCUCCAUUCCCUCCCCCGGCUCGACCGUAGCAUCCUCCUCCUCUUCUUCCUCCUUAAUUCGCCGCACUAAAACGGGGCCCAAGUGUUUGUUUUGGUUUUGUUUUGUUUCGUUUCUCCCCCCUUUUUUUCCGUUGCUCCAUGGCUGCGACACUGGCGAUGAGCGGAGGAGGCGGCGGGCACGAGGAGCCCUUCUACCCGCUGCACAAGGCGUCGUUGCCCGCAGGAUUCCACCUGGAGGACUUCGGCUUGGAGUGCAAGAUAAGCGACUCGGACAGAGGCGGACACGGCGUCUACACACAGGCGAAGUGCGAGAUGGACCGCUAUCUCUCCCCGCAGCCGCUUCCAGACGCUCAGAAGUCCCACAGAGACGGUGCCACGGGGGUGGAUAACUUCUUCGAGGAGGACCACACGGGGGCUCCGUACACCCUCAACAUGAAUCUCUUCUUCCCCGACGUGGCCUACCCGAGGUCGGGCUUGGCCCAGACACGGCUCCCGCAGCCCCACGGGGACCUCGUCCAGGUCAAAACAGAAUCGGCGGCGCCGUGCUUCUCUCAAAGCCUCCACGUGCCCGCGAGUAGCUGCGCCGCCAUGGAGACCAACAUGGCGGGGCUGCCCGACUUCACCAGCGCUUUCAACCAACCGGGCGGCGAGGCUCUACCGGAGGUGUUCAUCAAACAGGAGAUCCCGUCGCCGUUCGAACAGCAGCUGCCCCAGCACGACGCCGGCGCCUCGCUCUUCCAGCUCCUCAUCUCCGGUUUGGAGCAUCACCAUGGCGACGGCAUGGAGGCUCACCAUCAUCAUGACCCCCAGCAGCAGCAGCAGCUUCCACACUCCUCCACCGUCCGCACGCCCUUCUGCACCACCCAACAAGAUCAGACUGCUAAGUCUUCUUUCUGCGGCGGGCCACCUUACUCACACCCGCACACCCACUUCUUCCAGCAGCAGCCCUACCUGCCGCCCUCGCCGCCCAGCUCAGAGCCGGGCAGCCCCGACAGGCAGAAGGAGCUCCUCCACACCAUGUCGCCGCCGCCCUCCUACGCGGCCACCAUCGCCUCCAAGCUGGCGGGCGGCGCCCCCGGACUGCCGCCCGACGCCAUGGCGCUGCCCCUCGCUUCGAACGCCCUACCCGCAGUCCCGGGACAAGCCGCGCCGCUGGCCCAAGCCCCCGCGGCCACGCAGGCCCUCACCACCGCCCGCUACAACCGCAGGAACAACCCGGACUUGGAGAAGCGACGGAUCCACCACUGUGAUUAUCCAGGCUGCAAGAAGGUCUACACCAAGUCGUCCCAUCUGAAAGCCCACCUCAGGACCCACACGGGUGAGAAGCCUUACAGGUGCACGUGGGACAGCUGCGACUGGCGCUUCGCCCGCUCCGACGAGCUGACCCGCCACUACCGCAAGCACACGGGCGCCAAGCCCUUCCAGUGCCCCGUGUGCUCGCGUUCCUUCUCCCGCUCGGACCAUCUGGCCCUGCACAUGAAGAGGCACCAGAACUAACGCUUGACCACGCGGAAAGCGCUCACUCAUGACAUUUUUGUUUGUUCUUUUGUCCAUUUUUUUUUUCCCGCUUCUCUCCGGCGACGGGGAGAGGCCUCGCCGACUCCCACGGGUGGUGCAGGAAAAACUGGAAAGAGCUUCAGAUACACUCAAUACAGACUGGAAGAAAAAAAAAAAAAAGAAAUGUCGUAGUUCUUUUAUGACUGGAAUGAUAGCACUUAACCCGCGUCUGGCGUGCGAAACUCGGCAGCGAGACGGACGGACGGGCGGUUAGCACGUUUUCCUCACGGUCCUGAGUUCCGCGGCUCGGAUCUCGGCUCCGUUCUACCCGUGUGGAGUUUGCAUGUUCUCCGGGUUCCACCCACAUUCCACAAAAACAUGCACAUAAAGCUUCAUUGGAGACUCUAAAUUGUCUGUAGGUGUGAAUGUGAACGGGAUUGUGUGAUUGUUUACUCACAAAAAGUUUGGGAUAUUCGGAUUUGUGGAGAAAUUUCCGGAUUCUAGGAAAAAGGUUGAAACCUUGGGUGGUUUUGAUAUUUUUUUUCCUCUCUCUCAAAACAACACUUCUCACAUUUUAGUUUGAACUAAAAUGCUCGUGAUUGCUAUAAAUAGAAGAAAAUUGCAUUCAUCAUUUUUCAGUCCCUGUUAGAAAGCAGCAAGUAGUGAAAAAAGUACUGAAACUUUUUACACCUAGACGAGCAUUCAAAUGUUCAAUUUCCGUUUUUUUUUUUAAUCACCUUGAAAUUUCACCUGCAAAUCUUCUUCUCCCCCCCCUAAAAACAACACUUUUCAUCUCAUAAUUAGCAUUUUAGUUCAAACUAAAAUUGCUAGUGAUUGCUAUAAAUGGAAGAAAACUGCAUUCAUAAUUUUUCAGUUCCCUGUUAGAGAGUACCAAGUAGUGAAAAAGUACUGAAACUUUUUACAUCUGAAUUUUUCAUUUUUUUUUUGUGAGUAGUAUAAAUGUGCCCUAUGAUUGGUUAGCGACCAGUCCGGGGCAUUCCCGCCCCUCGCCCCAAAGCCAGCUGAGCUAUAAACUCCGGCCGACCUCGACGUGGGGUGCGCGUUAUCGUAAAAUGGACGUGCGAAACUAGUCAAGCCAAAAAAAAACAUAUUUUGUUACCUCCUAGAACUGGUAAAUCCAGAUUGAGCUUCUUUGUUCCUUUUAUUGUUGUUGUUAUUAUUUUAACCAAAUGCACUAGAAAUUGGUAAAAAAAAAAAACCCAAAAAAACAAAAACGAGUGAGUUAAAAACUACACCGCUGAUGGAUCAACGCGUCAGGGAUGGAAGAAAGGGAAAACGGGGGCGGACUUAUGGAAGGAUUUUUUUUUUUUGUUUUGUUUUGUUUUAUUAAUUUCUGCGGGAGGGAGGCUGCUAUAAAGCAGCAAUUAGCUGAUCAAUAAUUCAUUUUGUCUUUUAGCGAAGCAGACAAAACACGAGCAGCUCGCAAAACACUCCCACCAUCUCAUUUUCUUGAACCAAAGCCUGUCGUCAUCUCCGACUUGAUCGAAAAGUGCCUCGAUAUCGUCUGGUUUGUGUUGAAUAAAAUUGUAGCAGAGCUGUGAUGCACUGAGACUUUAAAACAAAUCACGGUGCUGGUUUUUUUUUUUUUUUUUUUAUAAUUUUUUUUUUUAAAUACCGUCACGGCAGAAGACAUGAAAUGUUUCCUCAGCUGACGUGCAAAUCAGUCCCAAAAUAUUGUUGAUCGUGUGUGCGCGCGCGUGUUUUCAUCCACAGCAGGUAGCAACCAGAGAAUAGCACUGUAAACGUAAAUAUCACACGAGAUCUGACUAUUUAUUUGUGUACAAGUGGGGUCCGUAUCACGCCCGCCGUCUUCUUUUGGCCCCAGCAAAAAUGCCUUAAUGUAAAUAGAUAGAUGCACUGUAAAUACAUUUUUUUAGCUCUUGUUUUUUUUUUCUAUGUAAACAAACGGGCGGAAAACAAACAGAAGUCGCCCUGCAUUUAAAAUUGUUUUUAUGUCCAUUUUUGUCAUGCAAUUUGUUUUGUAUUUUUAUUUUAUUUUUAUUUUUUUUUUGGAAGGGGAGGGGGGGCUUUUUCUCUCUUGUUCAUUUAACGUUCCAAAGACAAAAGUUGUUUUUUUUUUUUUCUUCAACUGAGUGAAACCUAAUAAAAUAAAAUCAAA